AUGGCAACAGCCGAACAACCUCCUCCGGUCAGCCCAAUCGCGCUCAAGAGUCCUGUCCUACUUCACAAUGUCCUCCUUCCCUCGAUAUUGCUGAUAAUCGCCCUCUGCAUUCCCUCGAGGUCAUGGGUUAUACCUGCGAUAUUCCUCCCCGCGAUACUCACAUGUCAUUACAAUCUGCUGUACACGACCUCACCAAACCCGUCUCUCGGGUUUGCGGUUGGCACCUAUGCUGCCCUGCAUACUUACACGGCUUUCAAUCUUCUUAUCUUCACCAAUCCCCAGUGUGAUUUCGUUCGCCUAAAGAGAGGGCAGCCUGAGGAGAAAGGAGAUAGAUACCCAAGACACUCCUUGUCAGAGCGCCUGGGCUGGGUUGUCGAGCUGACCCAAGGCCUGCGUGGUGUUGGAUGGAACUGGCAAAUACGAUCCGUCCCUCCACUUCAUGCCACCGAAGUUAAUGCGACCUCGGCGAAACCAUUUUUCCGGCGGCGUGCGAUACGGAUGUUUUGGAUUUGGAUUUACCUCGACUUUCUUUGCUUGAUGAUGAAGGACCUUGACAUCGGAUACUACGCUCCCGACGGUAACGCGCACGAGAAUAAGCCUAACGCCUUUGCGAUAUAUAAUUCGCUGUUUGCGGACCCGAGUAGGCCACAGAACUAUCCGCCGCCGAAGGGGUUUCCUGAUAUGCCGGGGGAGGGGCUUACGAGGGUUGUGUAUCAGGUGCUGCUGAGGAUUAUGAGGACGGUGUUGAUGGGGUCGGCAAUAUAUACCACUGUGAAUGCGCCGCAUACGGUAUUGUCAAUAAUCGCUGUUUCAAUGGGGUGUGUGUUUGGAUUGGGACCAGAGAACGGCUGGAGAAGGCGAUGGUUAGAUGCCAAAGAGUGGCCAGACAUAUUUGGUGGUUUUAGAGAAGGACAUUGGGGAAAUGGCAUACUUGGGUGGUGGGGAACAGCCUGGCACGGUCUGUUCAAGAACGUGUUCAUUGCCCCAGCGAAAUUUCUGACCGCCAAGCUCAACCUCCGGAAAGACAGCACCGGCGCCGCGCUGAUCAAUCUCACGAUCCCCUUUCUCUUGUCCGGAGGACUCCAUUGGGCUGGGUGCUUUACCCAGAGCGGUGGUGGAUGGGGAACAGUUCGCUUCUUUAUGCUCCAACCAUUUGGUAUAGCGUUCGAGCGAAUCGUUCUCCGAUUAUACCGUCGUACGGGAUUGAGUUUUCCGGUGUUCGAAAAAGUGUGCCCUUAUGUUUGGGCCUUCGCGUGGUUUAUGACCGUGAGCGGUAGUUUUGUGGAUGAGUAUAGGUAUGGCGGGGUAUGGUGUGUAGAGCCAAUCCCUGUGGGUGUGUCGAGAAUGUUGUAUGGGGAAGCAAAGGGGGAAUGGUGGUACUGGGGACAUGGACAACAUGGCUGGGCUGGUUGGGAUGAAAGCCUAGGCGGGUGGGGUAUUAGACUAUAA